ACCUUUUCCAAAUGGGGAGAGCAACCGAGUGCGGCGCAAGCGCAUGCCGAAGCCAUGCGGAACGGGUGGGGGGAGAAGGCACUCCGACUUGCCCAAUCCAAGUCACGCGGUCUUGCAGAACUCGCCGCCGUCCUUGCUGACCAUUGCUCGCCGCACGCGCCAAGUCCGCUCGCCGCGCUGUCUCGAGGCGGCGCGAAGGGAAUGCAAGCCAAGAGAGAUGAAGAUGGCGAAAAAGAUGCCUGCCGUGGAAAAAAGAUGGAUGUCUCUGGCGCGGGGGAAACGUCGGUCGAGGCUGCCGAGGAGGCGCUCAUUCGCGCUUAUGACGACGACCAGCUGUUGCACGUCGAGUUCGAUGACGCCGGCCGAGUCCAUGUAGAUGCGGUGGUUGACAGCGCUGGCCUGGGCCUGGUCCACUACGCCGCUAUGGCCGGGCACGUCGAAGCUGUGGCUCUGCUAGUCGACGAGUACGGCGCUGCGGCCGACGCCAGCCUCGCUCCCGAUGGUCUCACGCCGAUGUUCUCGGCCAUGCUACACGGUCGGUGGGCCAUGAUGGAGCUGCUACUGACAAAGUACGGCGCGGAUCCGUGCCGCGGAUGCCAGGGUAACGACGCGACGCUUCUCCAUGUCGCCGCUAAGCUCUCGUACGUCGAUAUCUGCGGCCUGCUCUCGACGCUGGAAGCGGCGCUGCCGGCGUCAGCAAGUACGGCGACUGUCGACAAGCUCCUGGCGGCGCGAAUCACCGCCGGCCUCACCCCGCUGCACGUUGCCGUUCUAGGCGCCAACACCCGCGCCAUAUCCGCGCUCCUCGCCGCGUCGUCGGCCCCGGCUGAGCUGCUUGCCGCCCAGGACACUCUGCGAAUGUUCACUCCGCUUCACCUCGCGGUCCUCUACGGGUUACCGCUUGAGGUCUUUGAAGCCCUCGCCGGUGGUGGCGUCGCCGCCAGCGGCGCGGCACGCCUCAAGUCUACCAGCGGGCUCACGCCGCGAGCUCUCGCCGACGCCCUCGACGCUGGCGCCGGUGCCGACGUCGGCCCGGUCGUUGCCCAGCACCUCAUGCACUACGCGUACGACGAGGCGCUCGCUCGCGGCGCGGCCAGUCCCGGCGCGCCGCACGUCGCUGCUGCACUCGAAAACAUGGGCGUGUGAACUGACUGCAAUCUUUGCUACCGCGCUACUGGCCAUCACCGCACGCGGCGGCCUCGAGCUCGUCGAUGGCGGCUUCAAAGCAGGCGGCCAGCUUUUCGGGGUCCUCGAUCACGUCGGCGUCGAGCGCAAAGGUGACGGUGACGUUGCCGUUGUAGGAAAGCGCCGAGACCUGGGAGAUGAGGUUGCCGAUGUACACAAUGACCUCGUCGACCUUGUGGCCAGCACAGUAGACCGGCGUCGGCGGGCCGGGUACGUUGGUGAAGACAAGCGUGUGCGAGAGCAUGGUGUCGAGCGCCGUCUGCUUGCGUGGCGCCGUGGGAAGGACCGCCGACGCAAGCUGCUGGAGGUAGAACUGGAGGUGGGCCUCGGGUGUCGACUUGAGCGCGUCGAUCUCGGCCUUGACCUCGGCGAGCGCCGCCUGCGGCGACAUGUCCGCGAGCGGGAGCUUGAGCGAGAGGAAGCACCACUUGUUGGUGAGCACCUUGCUCCGCUGAGUAAAGGCGUAAGGAAGGAAGA